AGAGUUUUAAGGUUGGAAAAGAUCUCUGAGGUAUCCGCUCCAACCACCCACCUACCAACAAUACUGUCCCCAAAUACGUGGGCAGGGUGGGACCCCCACACCGCCAAAAAAGCAGAACAGCAAAGCUUGACAGACAAAACAAAGAUGUGAACCCCUCUAUCUGCACCUGCGGGUGCCCCCAGCUCCCCACCGAGGCGCCAGGCCCAUGCUGAGGGCUCCACUGGCAUCCACGUCCCUCUCCCCGCACUUUGAAGGCUCUCUGCCCUUAUCAAACCAACGCAGAACCUCUGACACACAAUCUUUGCUCAACAGAGAGUUACUUAUUUGCAAAGAAAGAACGCUGGGAGGGUAACACCCAUUGCCACUCUGGUUGCUUGGCUGCCUGCCUGCCCUUGCGUGGCCUUCAGUUAUAACACAACUUGCCAGCAGACCAUUAAAAGCCCUGUGCUUGACACGCUCAGGGAUUUCUUUAAGGUGUCCUAUGGGUCCCUCAGCCCCAUUAAUGGUCAUCAGAAGCUGUUGGUGACCGUUGGUGGCCCUGCCGCCAUCUUGUGCCCCUGAAGGAGGAUGCGGCCCCGGCUGCCCACCUCCUCGGUGCUGCUGCUGUGGGUCCUGAGCAGCACCAUGCCUGCUAUGGUGGGACUGUGGAUGUCCAUGGAGGUCCUUGUUGAGUGCGGACGGCGGCCGCUGAUGGACGGCAGCUCGGGAUCCAGGAUUGUGGGAGGCCACGAAGCCCCAUUGGGAGCCUGGCCGUGGGCCGUCAGCCUGCAGGUGCACCUCGUGGGGGUGGAAUUUGCCCACGUGUGCGGAGGAGCUUUGGUCAGCGAGAACUCCGUGCUCACCGCCGGUCAUUGCACGACGGGACGGAUGGACCCGUAUUAUUGGAGAGCUGUGCUGGGCACAGAUAGCCUUUGGAAACACAGCAGACAUGCAGCAAAAAGAAGCAUCACUCAAAUCUCCGUGCACCCCGAAUUCAACAGAGAGACAUUUGAAAACGACAUCGCGUUAUUUAAACUUCAUUCUGCUGUGCGCUACAGCGAUUACAUCCAACCCAUCUGCUUACCUCCUGCACACCCUCAGCUGUACCCUGACAAUGAAACAAAGUGUUUUAUCAGUGGCUGGGGACGCACAGCAGAAAAAGGCAAAAUCUCGUCUGUGCUGCAAGAGGCAGAAGUGGAAAUCAUUCCUUUUGGUGUCUGCAACAGCUCUGAUGCAUACGGAGGUCUGAUCAACGCCAACAUGAUCUGUGCUGGCUCUCCAUUAGGAGGCGUUGAUUCUUGCCAGGGAGACAGUGGAGGGGCUUUGGCGUGCCGCCACCCCAUGGCCAACAAAUACUACGUGCUGGGCAUCACCAGCUUUGGGCUCGGCUGCGGCCAUCCCAGAUUCCCCGGGAUCUACGUCCGAUUGGCUCCAUACAGAAGGUGGAUCAAAUCCCAGCUUGUGCUGAGCAGCUCAGCCACAGCUCCUGCCAGCAGCGCCCUCCCCCUGACUGCCAUGGGGAUGGUGCUCCUGUACACCUCCUAAAGCAGCAUCAGCACAGCACAGCUGGGCCGGUCCGUUCAGCUCAUGUUCCACAAGGGGUCCUGGAGCAAUAAAACGUUGUG